GGGGCGGGUCACGUGGGGGCGGCGGGGGCGGCGGGAGCGGCGGAGCGGAGCGGCCAUGAAGCACUACGAGGUGGAGAUCCUGGACGCCAGGACCAGGGACAAGCUGUGCUUCCUGGACAAGGUGGAGCCUCAGGCCACGGUGGCCGACAUCAAAAACCUGUUCAGCAAGAGCCAUCCCCAGUGGUACCCAGCGAGGCAGUCCCUGCGCCUGGACCCCAAGGGGCGCUCUCUCAAGGACGAGGAUGUGCUGCAGUCGCUGCCCGUGGGCACCACGGCCACGCUCUACUUCCGGGACCUGGGGGCGCAGAUCAGCUGGGUCACGGUGUUCCUGACGGAGUACGCCGGCCCCCUGCUCAUUUACCUGCUCUUCUAUUUCCGGGUGCCGUUCCUGUACGGGCCCCGCUACGACUUCACGGCCAGCCGGCACCGCGUGGUGCACCUGGCGUGCUGCUGUCACUCGUUCCACUACGUCAAGCGGCUGCUGGAGACGCUGUUCGUGCACCGCUUCUCGCACGGCACCAUGCCCCUGCGCAACAUCUUCAAGAACUGCACCUACUACUGGGGCUUCGCUGCCUGGAUGGCGUACUACAUCAACCACCCGCUGUACACCCCGCCAGCGUACGGUGACGAUCAGGUGAAGCUGGCGCUGGCUGUGUUCCUGUUCUGCCAGCUCGGGAACUUCUCCAUCCACGUGGCCCUGAGGAACCUGCGGCCGGCGGGCUCCAAGACGCGCAAGAUCCCGUACCCGACGCGGAACCCGUUCACGUGGCUGUUCCUGCUCGUGUCCUGCCCCAACUACACCUACGAGGUCGGUUCCUGGAUCGGUUUCACCAUCAUGACCCAGUGCCUGCCCGUGGCGCUCUUCUCGCUGGUGGGGUUCGUGCAGAUGGCGAUCUGGGCUCAGGGCAAGCACCGCAGUUACCUGCGCGAGUUCCGCGAUUACCCGCCCCUGCGCUCGCCCAUCGUGCCCUUCCUGCUGUGACACCGCCCUGGGGACAGCCCCCAGUGUCCCCUUCCUGCUGUGACACCGCGAGGAUGUCCCUCAGUGUCCCCUUCCUGCUGUGACACCGAGGGGACAUCGAGGGGACAUCCCCCAUCAUCCCCUUCCUGCUGUGACAGCAAGGGGACACCACAGGACAGCCCCCAGUGUCCCCUUCCUGCUGUGGGGACACUGCAGGGACAGCCCCAGAACAUCCCCCGUUGUCCCCUCCCCAUCCUGGGGACACCUUGGGGACACGGUGCUCUCUGCUGUCCCCUCCCUGCUGUGACACUCUGGGGACACCGUGAUGUGUCCCCGCCAGUCCUGCCCUGAGCCUUGGGCACAGAGAGGGGCAGGGGACAUGAGCCCCUUGUCACCCUGGUGUCACAGCAGGACACGGCAGUGUGGCCACACCGUCCCUUGUCACCUCCAGGGUGCCAGCCCCGGUGGCAGUGUCACCUCCAGGGUGGCAGUGUCACCUCCAUGGUGGCAGUGUCACCUCCAGAUGCCAUCCCUGGUGGCAGUGUCCCCUCCGUGGUGGCAGUGUCACCUCCCUGGUGGCAGUGUCCCCUUCUCGGUAGCAGUGUCACAUCCAGGGUCCCAUCCCCAGUGUCACCUCCAUGAUGGCAGUGUCCCCUCUGUGGUGGCACUGUCCCCUCCACGGUGGCCGUGUCACCUCCAUGGUGGCAAUGUCACAUCCAGGUUGGCAGUGUCACCUCCAGAUGCCAUCCCUGGUGUCCCCUCCAUGGUGGCAGUGUCCCCUCUGUGGUGGCAGUGUCACAUCCAGGGUGGCAGUGUCACAUCCAGGUUGGCAGUGUCACCUCCAGAUGCCAUCCCUGGUGUCCCCUCCAUGGUGGCAGUGUCCCCCUCUGUGGUGGCAGUGUCACAUCCAGGGUGGCAGUGUCCCCUCCCUGGUGCCAUCCCCAGUGGCACUGUCCCCUCCACGGUGGCAGUGUC